UGUAAAUCAUCACAUGCAAAGCUUUUCUCUUCUCCUCGAUCAGAGCAGCUGUCAGUUUCUCUUCAGACUUCAAACAGUUUCUCGUCUAGCAAUCUCGUUUUUGUAAAAUCUCUGCAACAAUGGCGCAGUUUGUCCAGCUGGCGGCAGUGUUGAGUUUGUGCCUCCUGGCAGCGGUGGUGAACGCUCAGGAUAAUGGGCCUGGUCAGAAUAGUUAUGGAGAGCAGGUCUGCACUCACUACACUAAUUCUGGCACCAUGCUUCUGGACGGAACGAAGUUCUUUGACUUGAUGAGGUUUGAGUUCGGAGGAGAUAUCCAGACUCUGACCCCAAUGGUGACCCAGCAAUGGAUGCAAGAUGCUGAUACUGAUCAUGACAAUCGCCUCAACUUUGUGGAGUGUUCCAUUGUCGUCCAGAGAGUGCAUGACUCUGUCCACAGGCCUCCUCAGAUAUAAAGAAAUCAUAUCGACUGGCUAAAGUAGCUUGCACAUGUAUGAAAAAACUCAGACACACACACACACACACACACUUAUAUUGAAUGCAAGUCCAGUAGCUUAAACUCAUAUAAUCUCUUAUAUAACACUGUGAUCUAUAAUUCAGAAGAAAAAUAAAGCAAUGAUCUGUAUGACAAAUACCUGUCAAAUAAACUAUUUCAAAUAA